AUGGAGCAGGAAUUCAUUUCAAUCACCCAGGAAGGACUCAAGCGCCGUGCCCUGGUUGCAUUGACGGACAAUUACAUCGAUGGCUACUUUGUGGAUCUGAGGAGUCUUGAGAAGGAGAUGUGGAACUGGUCGAGGUGUGUCUUUGAUAUCUGUGAACAUUACAUGGAUGCACAUCAUGGUGAAGGAAGAGAGUCACAAGUACCAAAUUGGUUUCACCACGAUGACAUACUCAUUCGAGUCACAAAGGUGGCACUUGAAUCGAUGAAGAAAAGAGAAACUACAAAUCCUGGCAUGAUCAUCAAAAUGACAUGUAUUCAAGCACAGGUUCUCUCUAAUCGAGUUUAUGACAUUUCAAAGAAGUUUAAAAAUAUGGUCAAAAACCGCACACCACAACAGCUGCUGGAAGCAUCGGCGCUCUAUAGGAGUCUUUCAAAAGAUGGACCAGCCAGUAUCUCCGAGUUCUUUGAAUCACAAGCUGCAGCGCUGGAAGGUACUGUAAGAGCUCAUCAGGACAGCAAACAAGGCACAUCCUGCAACGACAAUGAUGUACCAGUAAUCAGAGCUCAUGCCUGGGUAAUCCUCCGUGGCCUCACCAGCCCUUCUGGCUCUGCAAUGAACGGGAAGUUGGGCCUGGUCUGUGAGAAUGGCUUGCAACAUGGACGGCAUCUUGUGACAGUGGAUGGAUAUGAUGGGGUCAAGUGCAUUAAACCUGAAAACUUGGUGGAGAUUCCAGUUGAAGAGUACCGCGAGGCUCUGAUUUCCACCUUGGGGGAAGGAAUGCAAUGGAGGUUUAUGAGGAAUUUGGUGGAGCAUGACGCAUAA